GAUGGGCGUGUCGGGGCGGGGUUUGGCAUGGUUGGUGACUGGGAAGCUGGCUGUGUCAGGGUUUAGGGAGAGGGGAGCUUGGACAUGUACAGCGCCACAUAGCGGCCUCGGUUAGCUUUUUCCUGUCCGGCUGUGUGUAUAGUGAACACGGCCCGUGUGCCCGCUCCGUCCUCUCAUAGUUCUCACAGUGCCAGGGACAUGAAGGUGACGGUGGACUUUGAGGAGUGUCUGAAAGACUCGCCCCGGUUCAGAGCCGCUUUAGACGUAGUUGAAGGGGAUGUAUCGGAACUCGAGCAGAAGCUUGACAAGCUGGUAAAACUAUGCAUUGGAAUGAUCGAUGCUGGAAAAGCUUAUUGUACUGCCAACAAGCAAUUUAUGAAUGGAAUCCGGGACCUGGCCCAAUAUUCUAGCAAGGAUGAAGUGAUUGAAAGUAGCCUGACAAAAUUCUCUGACAGUCUGGAAGAAAUGAUCAAGUUUCAUAAUAUCCUGUUCGACCAAGCCCAAAGAUCAAUCAAAUCACAGCUCCAGUCAUUUGUGAAAGAAGAUCUUCGAAAAUUCAAAGAUGCUAAAAAACAAUUUGAUAAAGUCAGUGAAGAAAAAGAUAAUGCCUUGACAAAAAAUGCUCAGGUGCAACGGACCAAACAACAUGAGGUAGAAGAAGCUACUAACAUUCUUACUGCAACACGAAAAUGCUUCAGACACAUUGCAUUAGACUACGUUUUACAGAUAAAUGUACUUCAGUCCAAAAGGAGAUCUGAGAUUUUAAAAUCUAUGCUCUCCUUUAUGUAUGCCCAUCUGGCUUUCUUCCACCAAGGUUAUGACCUUUUCAGUGAACUUGAGCCGUACAUGAAGGAUUUAGGCGCACAGUUGGAUUGUCUUGUUGUGGAUGCUGCAAAGGAAAAGAGAGAAAUGGAGCUUAAACACUCAACAAUUCAGCAGAAGGGCCUAUCUGCUGAUGACUCAAGUUACGAGUGCAAUGAAGAUGCAGAGAAUGGUGUUGUUAUGGAAGGAUACCUCUUUAAACGAGCUAGCAAUGCUUUUAAAACCUGGAACAGGCGUUGGUUUUCAAUACAAAAUAAUCAACUAGUAUAUCAAAAGAAAUUUAAGGAUAACCCCACAGUAGUUGUUGAAGAUUUACGUUUGUGCACAGUAAAACACUGUGAAGACAUUGAGAGACGCUUCUGCUUUGAGGUGGUUUCUCCUACUAAGAGCUGCAUGUUACAGGCUGACUCUGAGAAGCUGCGACAGGCUUGGAUAAAAGCUGUGCAAACAAGUAUAGCUACAGCCUACAGAGAGAAGAGUGAUGAAGCAGAGAAAACGGACAAGAAUCCUUCCAUAUCUAACACUAGCCCUGUAACUGAGACAAAACUUGUUAAAGGGGAGAGUGCUCUGCAGAAGGUGCAGUGUAUACCUGGUAAUACAAAGUGCUGUGACUGUGGCAUACCAGAGCCUCGCUGGGCUAGUAUUAACCUAGGUAUUACUUUAUGCAUCGAAUGUUCAGGAAUUCACAGGAGUCUUGGAGUUCAUUUUUCAAAAGUGAGAUCUUUAACUCUGGACACCUGGGAGCCUGAGCUGCUAAAGCUGAUGUGUGAACUUGGAAAUGAUGUUAUUAAUAGUAUAUACGAAGCACAAGUGGACAAAAUAGGUGUCAAAAAGCCUCAGAAUGGAUGUACGAGACAGGAGAAAGAAGCUUACAUCAAAGCAAAGUAUGUGGAAAAGCUGUUUGUGGAUCAUAGUCGUGAAUCAGCAUUCGUAGCAAGAAAGAAAAGCUUGAAUGACAACCGCCUUAGUUUAACUGACAAAAGUCUAGGCGCAGAAGAAAACUCUAGAACGCCCACCAGACUAUUAGCUUGCAGAGUUACAGAUCAGUAUACAUCAGGAAAAUUCAGAAUGCCAAGUGAACAAAAAAUUUAUCCAGACAUAGUUUAUUAUUUAGCAUUGCUUAAUUAUGUAAUCAUCAUGAGCAUUGAAAAGUAUAUAUGGACAAGUGCAAACCUGAACUUCUGUAAAAAGAUCAAUACCAAACUAAGGCCUUCCAACCCUCCCAGCGUCACUGCUUUCUGUGGAUUAAAACCCAGUGAAAGCAGGAGGACUGGCAGAAACACCAGGGAUUUCACACAAAGGAAUUUGAUUUUACUAGUGAAGAGCAAUGCCAGCAGAAUUCAGUUCAACUCAGAGGGUAGCCGAGAUUUUCUGGCAUCCACCGUGUCUUCCGUCAGUUUGUAUGAUGCAGGUGGGUAUGAAAAACGGGAUUCUGCAGCAUUUCAAGAGUCGGACACUAAAAAGCUUCCUCCAGGGCUGCGGUUGUACCAAGCUGCCCAUAAGAAAAACCUUCCUGCAAUGUCUGAGGCCUUGGCUCAUGGAGCAGAAGUGAACUGGGUGAACACCAAAGGAAACAGCUCUACACCACUAAUACAAGCAGUGCAUGGGGGCUCUCUAGUAACCUGUGAGUUUUUAUUGCAAAAUGGGGCCAAUGUGAAUCACCGUGAUGCAAAAGGAAGAGGACCGUUACAUCAUGCGACAGUGCUAGGCCAUACAGGGCAAGUUUGUUUAUUUCUAAAAAGAGGAGCCAACCAACAUGCUACUGAUGAAGAUGGCAAAGACCCUUUAACUAUUGCUGUAGAGGCCGCCAAUGCUGACAUAGUGACUCUAUUGCGUCUGGCACGUAUGAAUGAAGAGAUGCGGGAAUCUGAAGGACUUUACGGACAACCAGGGGAUGAAACAUACCAAGAUAUAUUCAGAGAUUUCUCCCAUAUGGCAUCUAACAAUCCUGAAAAACUGAACCGUUUCCAAAAUCCAGAUUCUCAGAAGUCCUGAAUCUCAUGUUAUAUGCCUUAAUUUUACCUGUAAAAAAAAUUAAAACUAUUCUUGGCAAUUGAACUACCUGAGAGCCUAGUCUUAGGCAGUGCAAGCCAGUGUUUAAUUGGUCUCAUCAUUCCAGUUGUUUAGGAGUGAUUGCUGCUGAUUCUCCUGGGUAAAACACUUUUCUGCUUAAUAAUGUCACAUACACAACUCAGAACAGUGAUUGAGCCAAGGCAAUGAUUUGAAAAUAGAGUACUUUAUAGUGUUUGUGUACAGUAAAUGUACAAAUUGGUUUUGGCCUGAAUUAUGGUUUCAGUAUUGAAGGGACCAUGAAUGGUUUGGUUGCCAUGCUCUUCCCUUUUUGUAUAUAUAAAAAAGGACCAAUAUACAUGGCUGCUUUUAUGUGUUUUACUGUGUAAGUCAUACAUACAAUUCUUAGUCUGAACUCUGCAUCUUCCUUGACAGUGUUGCACUGAUUUAUAAGACCUAUCACAAGAUAGAGGAAGGUAAUUUUAGGAUACUGUGGAAGACUAGGCUUAGAACGUUGAUGAAGUAAAAAUUAAUACAAUGCCUUCCUAAUGGGUAUACCAUUUAUUUUUAAUUUACUGCAGUUUUAGUUGAUGUGUAUCUGCAGUAAAUAUAAUUUAAACAUAAUGUAUGACAGACACUGUAAUAUCAUAUAGUUCUAUAGCUUUAAAGAAGUUCAAUUGAGCUGCCUAUCUUACUGCCUAUCUCACUGCAACAUCAGUAUGCUGGGAUUGGGCUGAAAGUGUGACCCAAAAAGGUUGCCGUCAGGUAGAAGUGCAGGCACUUAGAGUGGUUUCAGCAACUUUUAGUGCUAAUCUACUCCUAAAUUCUGGAUUGCUCUGAUUAGACAAAGCAUCAGCACCUCCAGGUAGUAACUGUUUUCCCUUUUUCUUCCUCUUCCUCUUUUCCUCUCCACACACAUACCUGUUGGCCAGUGAAGCAGCCUAUCAUAGUGAUGGGCCAGUAGCAAUGUAUAGGAGGAGGGAUAUGCAGAUAAGGUCCAAUGCUAUCAGGAAAUGUCAGAACUUCGUUUGAUCAGAACUUCAUGGCAUUUGGGCUGAGGAAGGACACUCCAGAUAUGUGCAGUCACACGCUUGAGUUGUCUGCUCUUUAUUCCUACCAGCAACCUGCUUUCUUGUUACAGUGAUAGUCACUGUAGACCCACAAAAGCCUAAACCAUGGCAGGUUUACAUCAAAGCUGUUGUAGAUGACUCAGAUUGAGCACAAUGUUAUGAAUCCUGGCUGCGUUUUUGGGUAUUUUCACUUUAGGCCAAGAAAGUCCCCCUCCUGGACUUAAAAUCGACAGUGCUGCACUUAGUCUGCUAGACCAGUGUUUUUUUUAUGGGAGAUACUUCAUUGACAUGGAGUAGCCUCAAUAUCUUGUUGCGAUUGUAAAAAAGGAAAAAGAACACGAUUGUUCUACCAUGUUAACAUGGGGGCUCUGUCAGUAGCAGGACUGAGGUGUAGGAAAAUGUUGAGAAAUGUCUGACAAUUUGCAUUUCAGUAGCCAUGUAUUUUUAUGGCCUUUAUAGGAAGAAUGUAUAACUCCGAAAAACGUUAGUUCUUUUGGCUAGUUUAGUUUCCUCAACAUUUUAAUAAAGCUGUUUUUUUUUGUUUUUUUUUACGUUGUGUACAGGUUUCUAUCAUUGGUAGCAUUAUGUUGCACCCCCCUCUGGCAUCUGACAGAGUUCCUGUGAGAGUACUCCUGUUCUUUCCUUAUUAAACAUAUCAGUGCAGAUCUUGACCGAGUCUUUUUUUUUUUUUUCUAAUGAUUUGCAUUUGUUCCUGGAACCGUGAGCCUUGUACCAUUACAUGUGGUUCUCAGACUUAUUAAAUGUGAUGAUAGCAGCCAGUAGCAUGAUCAGAAAGAUGUGUAUUGCUUGGAAAAAGCAUUGGGAUAAGGGGUUCACAUUUUGCAUUAAAGUGGAAAAACUCUUCAAUUCUAAACACUUUUCUAGUAUCUGCUUUUUACCUACAGAUAUUAAGGCUGCAUUCACACCUGAGCGCAUCAUUUACAGACGUUUUUGCAGCAGUUUCAAGGUUAAAAGUUCACCAAUGUAAAAGCAGUAAAACGCCUGUAAUCUGCUAAAAAAAAUAAGCUCAUGUACUUUUUUUGAGCUUCAGGCUACAAAACGCUCAGAUGUCAACAGGGGUGUUUUUGGAACUUUUAAGAUGCGUGUUUUACGAGCUGAAAAGCUUAGGUGUGAAUGCAGCCUAAAAGAAUUAGCAGCAACCACAUUAUACAAUGUGGUUAAGUCUUGAUUAUUUUAUUUUUGCUAAACUUUUUAUUGUCCUUGUUAGUUAAAAAUAUACAGUAUUUUUAAUGGUUACCAGUUAUUACAAUAGAGGUUACAUUGUAUGUAUUGUAAUCCAAUUUGACACAUUUUCAUUUUAAGCUAUUGAUUUAUUUACAUUAACAUUUGUUUUGGUAUUUUAUGAUACAAGCACAUUGAUUUUAGCAUGCAAGUUUUUGUUUCUGUAUAGACAAAUAGUACGCAAUGCAUAUGCUGAUAGUAUUAAAAGUUGAUAUUUUA